AUGUCCAUCGUGCUGACUGCCACAAACUGCACCAAGAUCAACGUUGCAAGUCUACUUGCCCUGUCAUUGGAGAAGAACCCCCUGCGGUUCUGGCUCGAGGGGGGAAAGGUCACAAAGCUCUGCCCACAGGAGGCUGAGCAGGUGUGGACUCUCAACAUCAAGAGGUCCAUUCUGAGCAUGUUCCAGACCUCGCACUCGGGACGAGCCAGGGAGACAAUCAGAGAGUCAUUGGAGAAGAACCCCCUGCGGUUCUGGCUCGAGGGGGGAAAGGUCACAAAGCUCUGCCCACAGGAGGCUGAGCAGGUGUGGACUCUCAACAUCAAGAGGUCCAUUCUGAGCAUGUUCCAGACCUCGCACUCGGGACGAGCCAGGGAGACAAUCAGAGAGAGGGGACUGUCGCUGGUGAAGAGCCGAAGCCUCCAGCAGUGCCUCAGUGACAGAAUCGAUCAGUUUUGGAGGCGCUCUGUCCCCCUGAAGGAUGGCAUGACGGUGAGUGCCGGCCUCACAUGCAUCCAGCUCUAUGAUGGAACAAUGCUGAAGACGGUCAACUGUACAGAAACAGUGUCACUGGUUCCACUGCCAGGCCUCUUAGAAGUAACAGAAACUAAAACCAUUUCAAGCCUGACUCUCCUGAGAACCCUUGAAGUGAUUCCAUCAGAUUUGGGGCAGAACGCCGGUUACUUGACCAGUAUUGUGUUUGAGGCUGAAGGCCAAAUCUCAGGCAGACAUGGUGGACCAUCAGUUCAAGAGGUUUCCAACACAGUGAGAAGGUUGUGUGCUCAUCUCGCAAAUCAGCAACAGCAAUCAGAGCUUCUCCUGAAUCUGGUGCUCCAGUUGAGAACCUUGUCGUCCCAUCAGUUGAGAGACUUGUGGCAUGAGGCCUCCUUCAAAUGUCGAGAUGACUGGCAGCCCCUUCUAGAUACUCUGUCAGCCUGUGGAACUGAGGAUUGCAUCCUUGUCACUACAGACCUCAUACUCAACAAAGAAGUGGACCAGGAACAAAUCCUACCUCUCCUCAAUACUAUCAGUUUUGCUUCCCACCCUACUUCAUCCAUGAUUAGCCACCUUAGUGCUUUGCUGCAGAUACCUCUUAUCCGUCCAAAAGCACUGCUGGUUGUGUCUUCACUGGUCCACGGUCUUUGUCAACAGGAACAGGGUCCAUGUAACGAAAUCUCUGAAGUCCAACAGUUCGUCCAUGUUCUGAAUCAGAGUCUUGAUGCAGGAUGUGAAGUGGAUGAUCAUUUGCAGAUCACAGAGCUGCUGCAUGUGUUGAAAGCAGUGGAGAAUGCAGGAGCGGCUGCAUCAGAUCUCAUCCCCACACUGAGCCGCUGUGUGCAGAAUCAGUCUGUGCCACUGGAGCUUCGGCUGGCAGCUGUACGAGCAUUCAGGAGAAUCCCAUGCCAUCAUGACAGGACAACUCUUGCUCGGGCAUUUCAAAGCCAGCAGGAGAAUGUGGAGGUCAGAAUCGCAGCAUAUCAGCAGCUCAUGCACUGUCCAAACCAGGAGAUUUUCACAAUUCUGCUGCAUGUGUUGAAAGCAGUGGAGAAUGCAGGAGCGGCUGCAUCAGAUCUCAUCCCCACACUGAGCCGCUGUGUGCAGAAUCAGUCUGUGCCGCUGGAGCUUCGGCUGGCAGCUGUACGAGCAUUCAGGAGAAUCCCAUGCCAUCAUGACAGGACAACUCUUGCUCGGGCAUUUCAAAGCCAGCAGGAGAAUGUGGAGGUCAGAAUCGCAGCAUAUCAGCAGCUCAUGCACUGUCCAAACCAGGAGAUUUUCACAAUUGUGAAGACGACUUUAAGCAUUGAGAAGUCUAGUCAAGUUGGGUCGUUUGUUUGGAGUCACCUUUUCAAUAUCCAGAAAACAGAAGAUCCUCUGAAAAAAGACCUGAUGGAGUCACUGCCAGAUGAUAUCAUAAGUAAAGACUUUGAAGCUGAACCAUGGAAAUAUUCCUCACAUAUGGACUACACAGUGGACACAGGAGUGGCUGCUGCUAACAUCGAGGGAGCUUUAGUUUUCUCCCCUGAAUCUUUUGUUCCACGUUAUGCUAUGGCAAAUCUGACAGUUCACGUCCUAGGCAGAGCAUUCAAUCUUCUGGAGAUUAGCCUAAGAAUGGAAAACCUAGAGCCUGUUCUGAAGAAAAUCUUUGAGGAGCAUCCUCUAGCAUCAGCUGAACACUCCAGACCUAAGGGUCGAACAGACUCUAUGAGACAUGAACAGAAAGGACGAAACAGAGACGAGGAACAAGGAGGCAGUGAUGGCUGUCAGUCCACAGGUUUGAGUUCCAUCAAGACUAAGGGUCAAGAGAUUAAAAUCAGUCAUAGGCCUAUUGUUCUGGCAGAGGAGCUGGUUUUGCCAUCUCUCUCUGGAUUACCCAUGAGGCUAAGCAUCAACAUGUCCACUUUGUUCUCCCUCAGAAUUAAAGGCAUUGCUAACUAUAAGAAUUGGUCACAUUUCUCACUGGCUGGCUAUGCCAAACCAAAUGCGUUGGUUGCUAUCUCCGUGAGAGCUGGAGUGGAUGGAGCGUUUGGUCGUGUGGGAUUAGAGUGGGUCACUCAACUCAAAACCUUCACCAGCUUGGAUGGAGCUGUAUAUCUGCAUCAUGGACAGAGCCUGAAGGUGGUUCUCAAUACUCCAGAAGAUGUCAUGGAUGUACUGACCUUCAACUCCAGAAUGUAUCGUGUGAGUGGGGAAAGUAAAGAGGAGCUCAUAGCUACAAGAAAUCUCAAGGAGAAGAACACUUGCACUCCUAAAGCAUGGUCUAAGAUGGUUGGAUGGCAGUUAUGCUCUGAUAUCAUUUAUCCUUUGACACUGAUGGGAAAAGGUUUCCCACCACUGGACCCCGUUCUUUUUACUGUCAGACUCCAAAAACUAGACACUGGUCUCAACCAGUACCUCUUGGAGGCAGCCUAUACUUUUGUACCCCAGCGUAAUUCCUGGAUGCCACUGGAAGCCACUCUGCUUCUCUUUCUUGGCACACCGCAAUCCACUAUCCCCAGAGAUGUGUCCCUGGAUGUCAAUCUCAGUCCAAAAAGGCUGAUUCUGAAAAUAACACAUCCCCUAAAAACCAUUCACAUUCAAGCGCAGCUUGAAGAAUUAAACAACCAACAUUCAGGCAGAAUCGAACUACUGAUAGACAACAUCCACCAUUAUUUUAUCAAGGGACUACUGGAGACAGUGAAUCUUGCUUCAGAGACGAGAGCCCACUUUCAUCUUGAUGCCAAAGUAGUAGCAGAUGGGCAUCCAUUCUCCCUCUCAGUCAACACCACACAUGCUCGCAGCAGGAAGUUCAUAAUACAGGCCUUGCUUAAAAAUGUCUUCAAUAAGGACGCAUCGUUCUCAGCUUCAGUGCUUCAGUUUGACUAUUAA